GGCCCUGGAGCCGAGAGGAACCUAGACGGCGGCGGGCGCGAGGGCGGGUGUCCCCGGAGUGGUCGUGCGGGAGUCGGCCGCUGCCCCUGGGCCUCCCGACUUGCAGGUCCCCUCUCUCUCCACCGGGACGCGGGAGAGCCCGGCGCGCGGCGGGGGCGCGAGGUGGAGCCGGCGGGGGCGGCCAAUGCGAAACUGGCUGGUGCUGCUGUGCCCGUGUGUGCUCGGGGCCGCGCUGCACCUCUGGCUGCGGCUGCGCUCCCCGCCGCCCGCCCGCGCCUCGGGGGCUGGCCCGGCAGAUCAGUUGGCCUUAUUUCCUCAGUGGAAAUCUAAUCACUAUGACGUGGUGGUUGGUGUGCUGUCAGCCCGCAAUAACCAUCAACUUCGCAAUGUGAUAAGAAGCACCUGGCUGAAGCAUUUAAUACAACAUCCAGCGUUAAGUCAACGUGUCCUUGUGAAGUUCAUAAUAGGUGCUCAUGGCUGCAGUGUACCUGUGGAGGACAGGGAGGAUCCUUAUUCCUGCAAACUACUCAACAUCACGAAUCCAGCUCUGAAUCAGGAGAUUGAAGCAUUCGGUCUUUCGGAAGACACUUCAUCAGGGCUGUCUGAGGACCGAGUUGUCAGCGUGAGCUUCCGGGUUCUCUAUCCAAUCGUUAUUACGAGUCUCGGGGUGUUUUACGAUGCCAGUGAUGUGGGUUUCCAGAGGAACAUCACUGUCAAGCUUUAUCAGGCAGAACAGGAGGAGGCGCUCUUCACGGCCCGCUUCAGCCCUCCGAGCUGUGGUGUGCAGGUGAACAAGCUGUGGUACAAACCCGUGGAGCAGUUCAUCUUGCCUGAGUUUUUCAGAGAAAGAAUUAGAUUGGAGCAAAGGGCUGCCUUCCUUGCCUGUGUUCAGAGCUUUGAAGGUACGAUCGUGUGGGAGAGCCAAGACUUCCAAGGCCUCCUGUCAAGAAAUCUCCACAGAGUGACAGUUAAUGAUGGAGGAGGGGUUCUCAGAGUCGUUACAACUGGGGAGGGUGCCUUGCCUCAUGAAUUCAUGGAAGGUGUGGAGGGAGUUGCAGGUGGUUUUAUUUAUACUAUUCAGGAAGGCGAUGCUCUUUUAAAAACCCUUCAUUCUCGCCCUCGAAGACUUCUCGAUCAUAUACAUAAUCUCCACGAGGAGGAUGCCUUACUAAAGGAAGAAAGCAGCCUCUAUGAUGAUAUUGUGUUUGUGGAUGUUGUCGACACUUAUCGAAAUGUUCCUGCAAAAUUACUGAACUUCUAUAGAUGGACUGUGGAAACAACCAGCUUUGAUUUGUUGCUCAAGACGGAUGAUGACUGUUACAUAGACUUGGAAGCUGUGUUUAAUAGAAUCGCCCUCAAGAAUCUGGAUGGGCCUAAUUUUUGGUGGGGAAAUUUCAGGUUGAACUGGGCAGUUGACCGGACCGGGAAGUGGCAGGAGCUGGAGUACCCCAGCCCCGCAUACCCCGCUUUUGCCUGUGGGUCGGGGUAUGUUAUCUCCAGGGACAUCGUCCACUGGCUGGCUGGCAACUCGGGGAGACUGAAGACCUACCAGGGUGAAGAUGUAAGCAUGGGCAUUUGGAUGGCAGCCAUAGGACCUAAAAGAUACCAGGACAGCCUGUGGCUUUGUGAGAAGACCUGUGAACCAGGCAUGCUGUCUUCCCCGCAGUAUUCUCCGCAGGAACUCACGCAGCUGUGGAGACUAAAGGAGCUUUGCGGUGACCCCUGUCGGUGUGAAGCAAGAGGAUGAUGAGGUCGAUCUGCUGUGUUAAAGGACAACAGAAGUUCUGACACAGGAACUUUGAGGAGACGUGACAGCAAGCCUUUCACCUUUUGAACUGUCAUGGAUUCUGUCAAGGAAAAGAAAGAACAUCAGUUCCCUCAGGUGACGGCUACCUGUAAGACGCGCUCACGCGCCGAGACCACACUGGCCGUGAGCGCUGUCACCGUCGUUGCGUGCUCAGUCUGCCCAAGGGACGCCCAGGCGACGGCUCACCCCCCGACGCGGGCCGCCAGGUCAGGGUGUCACGCCACUUAGGGGCUUGCUUGGGAGGCUGUGGGAGAACGGAGCUGAUGUCAGACCUAAGUGCCCUUUGAUGAUGACUUUUCAUACCAUGUCCGUGGUGUUUAAUACUUCCUCCUUAUUCUGAAUAAACCAGAAAUCAUUCUCAGCACAGAAAUAAAUGUGAGUGAAAUCAUUCACUUUUUACACCUGUGAUGACUUGUUAAAGGACGCUGGCGUCAGGUUUGGGCUCAGUGAGGACUUGUGCCAGUCUCUCUGGCCGUAGUUCCUCCUCUGUGAAGUGAGGGGUGUAGACUGACGACCCACAGGCCCCACUUUCCAGGGCUCCCAGCCUGUAAUCGCUGUGGUGUGUGACGUGUGCAGCACACACACGCCGGGGACCGCUGGGCCCAGGGGUAGCUGAAUGAGGAAAUGCUUCGGUUUGUUCAGAAAGCAGUAUGAACUUCUUUCCAAAGAUGGGUUGUGAUAAAUAUUGGGUAUUUUGAUUAUUUUGAUUAUGAGAAAUAGUUUUUCUGAAGCUUUAGCUGGAGGUACAGCAAUAGUGUGGUGUUCCUACAGAUAUCACAUGUAUUCAGAAAAAUAUUUUUCUAUCAAACAUUUUUGUAAAAGCUGCGUCUUUAUGCAACUUGUGAUAAUAAAUGUUAUCUUUAUUUUAGAAUAAAAACUUGCCUUUUCUUGUUUAUGUAUUGAA